CUUCAACAACUGUGCGCGCUCCGGAGCGGCUGGUACUUAACGCCUGGCGUCUCGUCUCAGAUCAGGAGCCGCGAGAGGAUCCAGCUAACGAAUGAAAGACGAUAAACACGGGUCGUGUGGACGUUUCCUCGCCAAACAGCCGGCGCUUCUCCUGCAGUGAGCUGAGGGAUAUUUCGUCCGAGGGGUCCCCACAUUUCAAGAGAAGACUAAAGCCUUACUUGGAAAUCUUAUGGACGAAGAAAUGAGUCGCCAGACUGCCACCGCGCUGCCCACAGGAACCUCCAAGUGCCCCCCCUCCCAGCGCGUGCCCACCCUGUCAGGCACCACGGCCUCUAACAGUGACCUGGCCAGCCUGUUCGAGUGCCCUGUCUGCUUCGACUAUGUCCUACCCCCCAUCCUGCAGUGCCAGUCCGGACACCUGGUAUGUUCCAACUGCCGGCCCAAGCUCACCUGCUGCCCCACCUGCCGGGGCCCCCUGGGCUCCAUCAGGAACCUGGCCAUGGAAAAGGUGGCUAACUCGGUCCUCUUCCCCUGCAAGUACGCCUCAUCGGGCUGCGAAGUCACCCUGCCUCACACCGACAAGACGGAGCACGAAGAGCUGUGCGAGUUCCGGCCGUACUCCUGCCCCUGCCCCGGCGCCUCCUGCAAGUGGCAGGGCUCCCUGGACGCCGUCAUGCCUCAUCUGAUGCACCAGCACAAGUCCAUCACCACACUGCAGGGGGAGGACAUUGUGUUCCUGGCCACAGACAUCAACCUCCCCGGAGCGGUGGACUGGGUGAUGAUGCAGUCGUGCUUCGGCUUCCACUUCAUGCUGGUGCUGGAGAAGCAGGAGAAGUACGACGGCCACCAGCAGUUCUUUGCCAUCGUGCAGCUCAUCGGCACUCGCAAGCAGGCCGAGAACUUCGCCUACCGGCUGGAGCUCAAUGGUCACCGGCGCCGCCUGACCUGGGAGGCCACGCCGCGCUCCAUCCACGAGGGCAUCGCCACGGCCAUCAUGAACAGCGACUGCCUGGUGUUCGACACGUCCAUCGCGCAGCUUUUCGCAGAGAACGGCAACCUGGGCAUCAACGUCACCAUCUCCAUGUGCUAAGAACUUUUGAAGAGCAGAGGGUCAAACUGUUACAGAUUGUCAGGGGGCAUUUUUUAGGGGGUCAAAUAUGUUGUGACCUCACAGCGCCCUGCCCCUCUCUGCCUCACCCCUAGAGACGUGGAACUGGACUGUCUGAUCGGGCAGCCGUGGAGGCCCAGGGGGUGGGUGGGAUGGAUGGAUGGAUGAGUGGAGGAAUAAUAAACACAAGGACGUAACUGUAAUGAUGGUUAUAGACUUCUACACACAUAAACAUGUAUGUGAGACUCGUGCACGCACACGCUGUCUCGUCCUCUCUCGGUCAUAAACACAGACACAAACUGAGAAGCUGUUUAGUAAAACUCGCUCGUCAAACUUCUCAUUUCUUCGUCACGUCUUUCUGGGAGUGAAUUCCCAACACUCCAGUUUAAGUGUCUCUCUCUCUCUCUCUCUCUUUCUCCUCUUCGUCAUCCUCACACAUUUCACACCUGCAGCUGCAGGACGCUGGAGGCCGCUCACCGCUGAGCAGCUCUGUGGCGGCCGCACACACCGAGGACGGCUCGAACUAUAGUUUCACUACGGACUCCCGGUCAGCGCUAGGAAGCUCUCCAGCAGUCUAGCUUCUUUCUGUUAGUAACCCCCCCCCUCCCCCUCCCCGUGCUCGUCAGACCUCCUGGUUACCGUUAAACUAGUUGGACCGGAACCACGGCUGUGGCUCACACAUUUGGAUUUUUAUGUCCACCUGUGACACUGAUGUGGGCGGAUGCGACUGGAAUCGUCCCCCACAGGCCCGGAUGACUGUAGCACCCACGACCACGAGGUUCUGUCCAGGACCCGAACCUUUGAUCGGCAUCGAAGGUUCCUGGAUCUCCCACAUCGUCACGGUUUCCCUCCGGUCCACAGUGGUCGUCAUCGCAGUCAUUAGUCUGCUCUCAUACUGUCAGGAUUAAUGACGGCCGUCAGCUUCGUCAGCCCCGGAUUUCUUUUUCUUGAAUCUCUUUAUUUUCGCAGGACACAAAAGUGGCGUCCUGACACACAAACACAAAAGUCUCUGCGUAACAAGCCGCCUGUGUGUGUGUGUGUGUGUGUGUGUGCACGCAGGUGUAAAAAUGAAAUGAGUGUGUGUCGGAGCAUUUUUGAACGAGGAAGAGAGAAUGUCUUCUUUUUAGUUUUUUUGUUUUUCACAGCGAGGAGGAAAAAAAACACUGCAUUUCAGUUGAUUAAGUUUUUUUUCGGAGUUUAUUCUUAAGUCUGUUUCUUUUAAUUAUUUUAGUUUUGGGGGUUUUUUUUGUAUGAAAGGAGAGAAUAAGUCCUGAUGUGUGUGUGUGUCUUUGUGAGUGUGUGUACAUGUGUGCGCGAGCCGGACAUUUGGCAGGAAGCCUGCUCACUUUCUCUCUUUCCUCUUCUGAGACUCUUCUUUUAUUUCUCCUUCCUCUUCCUCCUCUCCUCGCUCGGUCGCCGGCCUCAACCACUGACUGACUGAUCACCCAACCAGGAAUGAGGGACAGUUUCUACCGUUACGAUGUUGCUAUUGUUAUUAUUAAAUGGAGAUUAUCAUAAUUAUCAUUUUUGUAAUGACUUUUAAAAACAAAAGUUAAAGGCAGUUGUAAAACUUGUGGCUAAACUUCAGUGUUUGUAGUUAAAAAGCAAGUUGUGUCGUUCUUCUGAAGGUUUGUGUUUUUCUUUCCCCUCUACAAGUGGAUUGUUUUUUCCCCCUCAUCUAUUUGUCUCUGUCCUUUUUGUUUGUGUGGUAAGUCUUUUCUUUUUUUCUUUUUUUUUUGUCUGUGAGGAGGGAGGGAGGUCAAGCCAAUCUUCUCUCCCUUUCUCCCUAAGUGGAGUCUCAGUCGUGUUGCUGCUCUCCCUCAACUCCUUGACUUUAUUUCUGUUUUAAUUUGUCAUUAAAUAAAUCUAUCUUUUUCAUA